GAGAUUCUUCUGAUAGUCCCCAAAGCACCUCUCAGCUCGAGAACCAUGAGUAAUCAGACACAGGUAACAGAGUUUAUCCUGCAGGGCUUCUCAGAGCACCCAGAAUACCGGCUGCUCUUAUUUGGCUGUUUUCUCUCCCUCUUCUCUGUGGCCCUCACAGGUAAUGUCCUCAUCAUCUUGGCCAUCACCUUCAACCUGGGGCUCCACACACCCAUGUAUUUUUUCUUGUUCAACUUGGCUACUAUGGACAUUAUCUGCACCUCCACCAUUAUGCCCAAAGCACUGGAAGGCCUUGUGUCUGAGGAGAGCUCAAUCUCCUAUGGGGGCUGCAUGACCCAGCUCUAUUUCCUCACAUGGUCUGCAUCCUCUGAGCUCCUACUGCUUACGGUCAUGGCCUAUGACCGGUAUGCAGCCAUCUGCCACUCCCUGCGCUACAGCACCAUAAUGAGCAAGGCAUUCUGCAGCAUGCUGGCUGCAGGUGUGUGGGGGCUCUGUGCCUUCAACACAGCCAUUCACACUGGGCUGAUGCUGCUCUUGAAUUUCUGUGGCCCCAAUGUGAUUACCCAUUUCUUCUGUGAGGUCCCUCCUCUGCUGCUUCUCUCCUGUAGCUCCACCUAUGUAAACAGUGUCAUGAUUGUCCUGGCCGAUGCCUUUUAUGGCAUCUUGAAUUUCCUGAUGACCAUUGUGUCAUAUGGCUUCAUCAUCUCCAGCAUCUUAAAGAUGAGGACCAAGGAAGGGAAGAAAAAAGCUUUCUCCACCUGCUCUUCCCAUCUUAUUGUGGUCUGCAUGUACUACACUGCUGUCUUCUAUGCUUACAUAAGCCCAGUCUCCAGCUACAGUGUGGAGAAGAGCAAGUUGGCUGGUGUGCUGUACACAAUGCUGAGCCCUACCCUCAACCCCCUCAUCUAUACUUUGAGAAACAAGGAGGUCAAAGCAGCCCUCAGGAAGAUUUUCCCCUUCUGCAGAAACUAGUUUGUGCCUUCUGAAGCUCUUCUUCUCAGAAAUUGCAGAUGUAGUGGGGAUUGACUCUUCUGUGAAGGGUCAGGUGAGUGCGUUUUUGAACCGGAAGGUAGAUCUGGCUCUUACACCCCAGUGGAACAUCUUCAUGGGCGAGCUUGGAAUUCUGGUGCCUCAAGACUGGCUGAUGUGAAGAUUGUGGUUGGUGUGAUCCCACAUGUCUCUGAGAAAUUGGGUCUCAUGAUCUGACCCCAAGUUAAUAUGAAUGCUAAGGUGGCAGGAAAGCAAAGCUCUCUAGGGGAGGAAAAUGCUUCUUGUGGUUUAGAAUUGCAGCUGUAUGAAAAUGUUUUUCUUUUCUCUUCCUCCUCCUCCCUUUCUAUUUCUCUUUCUCCUUCCCCUUUCCUUCCCUCUUCGUCUCAUCCUUUCCCCUUCCCCUCCCGCUUUCCUUUUCUUCUUCUUCUGUAUGUGCAAUGUUCAGACAGUGAAUCCUAAAAUCAUACCUAGACUUUAGGAGUUCAGGCUUGAAAAGAAUUAGGCAGGAUACAUGAAUCUCAUGGCACAUGGAAGGGGAAAGUUGUCAGACUGAAUUGUUUUAAGGUGAUCCCUGGUCCCUAAGAGAACUUCUACCUCUAUUAUCUUACCUCGUGUGUUUCCUCUGGAGCCAACUGGACAUUAACAAUAGUUUAUGAUUCCAGGGAAAACUGUUGUUUCUGUUUUCCCUUUAUCUUAUUACUAACACUUGAGGUAAUUUACACUAUUAAGAUCAUCACUUUAUUUUGAAUGUAGAAAUUACAACUUAAAACCUGAUGAAUGGGUUAUACAUCUCACCCCUCAUUGAUUUUGUUUUGAGAGAGUGAGGAUUUGAGGAUUUGAUCUAUCUCGUUGGUCUGGAGUGAAGACAACCGCUAUGAUUCAGAUCUAAUAAGUUACACAGGGUUGCAAGAAGGCGAUGCUAUCUUUCCAUUGUUUCAGAAUAAAACUGGGUAGAUAAAGCCUCCAUGUCUACUGAAGACAGGUCUAGGGACUUAUGCUUCAUGCUAUUAGAAAACUGGACUGGGAAAUCUAUUUCUUUUUAUAAUGAUCCAUUAGAAAGGACAGAGGCAAGAUGUGAAUGUUCACCUGUAUCUUUGGGAUUGAAUAAAGACACAUAUUGUUUGUUACUGUAGGUGGAAGCUGAAAGUAGAUUUUGACAUUUGAUCUACAAGGGAUGAGUUGUCUAUGGUUCUUGAUCCAGUGUUCUA